GUGAGAGCAUCGCGAGACUUCGAUGAUAUACAUAUAUGCGCGCGCGACGCGAUUAAUUCACGCUCGCAACGCCGAUUGAUUAUCGAACGCUCGCGAGCGCGCCGCGCCAAAGCCCAAUUUAAAUUCGGCCGAGCUCUUGUACAAUUGCUCGACUAUAUAGUGUAUCGUGUGGCCAGUGCAAUUGUGUGUGGAUGUGUGCCCCUCUCUCUGAGCGGUGAGUGCGUAUACGCUAGAGUUCCUUUUGUUUUGCAACAGUAGCAGCAGCAGCGCAGCAAGUGCGCGGCAUUAUACCGCGCGUUCACACGAGUAGAAAGCUCGAUAAAAACACGCGCGGGGCUCUCUCAAAAGCUCGAUCAUGCGCGAAUGAAAAAGUUCCGCGUGUGCGUGGCAAACUUUGAUGAAUAAUUAUCAUCCUUCGUUGUUAAACGAUGCGAAGACGAGGAGGCAUCGUCAGCGUUGAACGUCAGCGAGAAUCGAUGAUCAUCGUCGUAGCAGCCGCCACCGCUGCCUUCGAGGAGUUCGAGCCGCCGAUUCGAUCUUCGUCAUGGACGCAGCACCACCGCUGUCCUCUUCAUUAUCGUCGUUGAUCGGUCAGCAGCUGUGCUCACAGUUUCCGCGGAAUUACUGAAAUAAUCCGCAAGCACGACAAAGUACAAAGUCGACGAAAACGACGAAGACGGUUGGAAGAAAAUUUCAGUCACCAUGGAAAACCUCUACGACAUUUACAACGUGACGAGCUCGAAAUUAUUGCCGAAUGCGACGACGACUCUGUCGGCGACGAGGCACGAGGACGAAUUGAAAGAUCACUUAAUAGCAGUGCGCGAUCCCCUGUUCAUCGUUAUACCAAUAAGCAUAAUAUACGCGUCGAUAUUCAUAACGGGUACUAUUGGCAAUAUCAGCACUUGCAUUGUCAUCGCGCGCAACAAGUCCAUGCACACCGCCACGAAUUAUUAUCUAUUCAGCCUGGCCAUAUCGGACCUGUUGCUGUUGUUCUGCGGACUGCCAGUCGAGAUCUACGUCGUCUGGUUCAAGUAUCCCUACGUCUUCGGCGAGGCGUUCUGCGUGCUCAGGGGUGUGGCCGCCGAGACGUCGACCAAUGCCUCGGUCCUCACCAUCACGGCCUUCACCGCCGAGCGCUACGUCGCGAUAUGUCACCCCUUUCUCUCGCACACCAUGUCCAAAUUGUCCAGAGCCAUCAAGCUCAUACUGGUCAUUUGGCUGAUCGCUCUGGCAUUCGCCGUGCCGUUGGCUUUGCCUUUCGGCCUAGUUCAGUACUCGCCCAGACCCGAGGACGUUCUCUGUCAGUUCAAAGGCGAAAUUUUCAAACACUCCUUCGAACUGUCGACCCUGUUGUUUUUCAUAGUGCCGAUGACGCUUAUUAUGGUGCUUUACGUUUUGAUCGGAUUGAAAUUGAAGAAAUCCACGAUAUUGACAAAGGUCAACAGACAUCAACAGCAGCAUCAUCACAAGAGAAGCGACGUUACGGGCAAAAAGACAAGUCGCUCCAGAGUGGAUAGAAACUGCCGUCACAGCAGAUCAACGAGACGAGUAUUGAAGAUGCUCGUUGCAGUCGUUGUGGCUUUUUUUAUUUGCUGGGCUCCUUUUCACAUGCAGAGACUGAUAGCCACUUAUGGGAAGAAAGAACACUUCGAGGACUACUCGAAAGAGAGCAGCAUUAAGAUUCAGAUGCUUUAUGCAAUUUUCACAUACGUUUCCGGUGUUUUUUACUACAUCUCGACGACAAUCAAUCCUAUUUUAUACAACAUUAUGUCGCACAAGUUCAGAGAAGCCUUCAUGGAAACUUUGGCCAAAAGUUGCAGAAUGACGGGUUUCAUCAAGCCUCGUGAGCGACGCUCUUAUUCGUCAUUGUCACGCUCGCAACAGCGCAUUCCGACUUCUGGUCCAUCAAAAACUACACACGAGAGUGGCGUUACCGGCUUGGGACAUGCGAGGACAUCCGAGAGCACGGACUGUUCUGGCAACUCUUCGCGAGACGGCGGCCAGGACGUUGGCAGCGAUUACUUCGCCGCCACGUGUGACACGCCCGCGACGCAACCGUUGACGAUUCAAGUGGGCGCACCUCCGGUCUCCACCGAAGCAGCAGCCAACAACAACAAGUUUCCAGUCAAUAGUUCCUACGACUCGAAAUCGACCAGCAACGAAGCGACUAACCUUCCAAUGACCUCAUUCGGGCCGAUUGGUGGAGUCGAGCAGAAUCAGCAACAGCAACAGCAGCGACGGCAGCAGCUCGAUUUUGCUCGUUUUGACACUUCCACAUCGGCGGAUUUGAUGCUCUCCAUGCCGAAUGCCGAUGACAAGGUUAUCGCAGCCGCCCAGCAGCAACAGCAAGGCUUCUCACCUACGAGGUUACAUCGGUCCAUCAACAACGCGAUCAACGGUAAAAACAACGGCCACGGCUCGAAAAAGUGGUGGCGGCUCCUUGACUGGCUGCCCGGCAUCAAGAGUCUCCGAAAUAGCCGGACUCUGGGACUGGCGUCGAACGGCGCGACGGCGACUCUGUCCUCACAGGAAAACAGCGUCAUCCUCGAUCCGAAUCAACGAUCCGUGAUCGUUAAGCAGCAUCAGGACAGCGCCGAGUACUUCGUGCCUUUGCACACCUUCAAGUCGUCGAACAACAAGGACAGCACCUGCAAACCCGUAUGAUACGAGUCGCAGGGGGUGCAGCACGCAUCGACGGCGUCUUGCUCCUUAAUUUUUCACGAGACAAACUUUACGUGAAAAGACUAAACUGUUUUACUUGUGUCGCGUCUGUUUCACCAUGAUGACUCUAAAGGUCGACUAUCUCGAGUGUCAUUAACUCGAUGUUGGCCGAGUGCAAAUAAAUGGGUACACGGAUAACGCGUGAUCAAGUGUAAUCGAAAAAAUCAAUAAAUUACGAACGUAUUUGAUUGGUAAUCAAAUAUUACACGCAUCUCUAGAAGGACCCGACGAAUAGUGAAACUCGUUCAUAUUCCUUUCUAACUCUUUCCCAAUUUCAUUGGGUUCUGGCAUAAUUGCAAAACAAUGGUUGUGUAUACUAUCAAACCAGCUAUCAUCGUGGAUUAUCGAGUACGUGAUGCAAAAAUUCAGAGCGACGUUCAACUUGAAAUUAUCGGAAGGGUCGCGCAUAAAGUAAUAUUUUUUUCACAAAAAGGGGUAUUCAAUAAAUAUCAAAUAUCGUGACAAUAAGACUUCAACACCUUUAAAAAAGAAAAAUUGUAUAUUUAAAGUAUCGAAAAAUGUUGCAGAUAAAGGGUUCUUCUCACCUUGAUUUGCCUUGAUAAAUAUAGUCAAUAUGCAACUAUUUGAAGUUAAUUGUACAAGUAAAUUUGUGUAACAUUUUUUGUAUAUUAAAAUUUUUGAACGAAUGUAUUAUUGUUUUAAAAAAUAGAAAUACAUAUUGUACAAGUACGUACCAGUUGCUGUUUCGAUCGAGUUAGUCUUUUAAAUCGAUCUUAUAUCUAUAACUAUAUAUUACAUAUAAAAUAUAAUCCAUUGUAUACUUACUUGUUUUGUUUUGAAAAGAUUAUUAUGAUCUUAUAAGAAAUCGAUGCGAUGAGCAUAAUUGUAAUACUUUAUUAUGAAAAUUUCUUUAAAGACGAACAAUAUAUAAAUGUAUUAAUAUUUCAUAAAAUAUUAAUAAUAAUGUAAUAAUAAGUUUGUACGUAAGGAUCUAUGAUGUGAUUUUUCAGAAUAUAUUAAAACAUGUUUACAUGGACUUUCAAGGAGAAAAAAUGUUAUUCAAUCGUUCUAAUUUGCGUAAAAAUUGUUCUAAAUAUAAAAUACGUUGUAACUGAUUUUCAGUCUGUGAUAUAAUCAAUCCUAUGCAAGUAUGCGUAAUUAAAUGAAGUACAUAGAAAUCAAUUAUUCAAGUUGAUGUCGUAAAAUUUAUAUAUGUUAUUACAUGUAAAUAUAUACGUAAUUACGAAUAAAUUUUGUGAAUGUAAAACAUAA